CAUCCCCUCUUCCCCUCCCCCGCGCCUUCUUGCCCUUAACCUCCUACGGUGGCCGAGAACAGUCAUUUCCCAGGGAUGAAUGAAGGUGCUGGGGGACGCGCGCUGCCUAGGGUUAAGAGUGACGAUGGCAGAGUGUACAAAUCUUCAGUUUGUCAGCCCGUUUGCCUUUGAGGCAAUGCAGAAGGUUGAUGUUGUUCGUUUGGCCUCCCUCGGUGAUCCAGAAUUAAGACUUCUCCUGCCUUGUUUGGUGCGGAUGGCACUAUGUGCUCCAGCUGACCAGAGCCAAAGCUGGGCUCAGGAUAAAAAACUUAUUCUACGCCUUCUUUCAGGGGUGGAAGCUGUCAAUUCCAUUGUUGCAUUGCUCUCUGUGGACUUCCAUGCUUUGAAAGAAGAUGCCAGUAAAGAGCAGCAGCUUAGGCAUAAGUUUGGUGGAGGCAGUGGAGAGAGCAUCUUGGUAUCGCAGCUUCAACAUGGACUGACAUUGGAAUUUGAACAUAGUGAUUCACCUCGUCGCUUGCGUCUUGUGCUUAGUGAACUUUUAGCAAUAAUGAACAAGGUUUCUGAGUCCAGUGGAGAGUUCUUCUUUAAAUCUUCUGAGCUUUUCGAGAGUCCAGUCUAUUUGGAGGAAGCUGCAGAUGUGCUUUGUAUUUUACAAGCAGAGCUUCCUUCUCUACUUCCCAUAGUUGAUGUAGCUGAAGCCUUGCUACAUGUUCGAAAUGGAUCCUGGUUCCUGUGUCUCUUAGUGGCCAAUGUCCCUGAUAGUUUUAAUGGAGUUUGUAGAGGAUUGAUUAAGAAUGGUGAACGGCAAGAUGAGGAAAGCCUGGGUGGACGGCGUAGGACAGAUGCCCUACGUUUCUUAUGUAAAAUGAACCCUUCUCAGGCUCUGAAGGUCCGAGGCAUGGUGGUAGAGGAAUGCCACCUGCCAGGCCUUGGAGUAGCUUUAACAUUGGAUCAUACUAAGAAUGAAGCUUCUGAAGAUGGAGUGAGUGACCUGGUUUGUUUUAUUAGUGGUUUGUUGCUUGGCACAAAUGCAAGAGUUCGGACUUGGUUUGGAACUUUUAUUCGAAAUGGACAGCAGAAAAAAAGAGAGACCAGCAGUUCUGUGCUUUGGCAAAUGAGAAGGCAGCUUCUCUUGGAGUUGAUGGGCAUCCUUCCCACAGUAAGAAGUACACGCAUCGUGGAAGAAGCUGAUGUAGAGAUGGAGCCUAACGUGUCUGUGUAUUCAGGGCUGAAAGAAGAGCAUGUUGUGAAAGCCAGUGCAUUGUUACGUCUUUAUUGCGCUUUGAUGGGAAUUGCUGGACUCAAGCCAACUGAUGAAGAAGCUGAGCAGCUAUUGCAGCUUAUGACAAGUCGUCCUCCUGCAACACCAGCUGGGGUUCGCUUUGUUUCACUUUCCUUUUGUAUGCUACUCGCCUUUUCCACGCUUGUCAGUACACCUGAACAGGAGCAGCUAAUGGUGAUGUGGCUAAGUUGGAUGAUAAAAGAAGAAGCUUAUUUUGAAAGUACUUCUGGAGUGUCAGCCUCCUUUGGGGAGAUGCUGUUACUGGUGGCCAUGUAUUUCCAUAGCAACCAACUGAGUGCUAUCAUAGAUUUGGUCUGUUCAACAUUGGGGAUGAAGAUUGUGAUUAAACCAAGCUCUUUGAGUAGGAUGAAGACCAUCUUCACUCAGGAAAUUUUUACUGAGCAGGUUGUCACAGCUCAUGCUGUUCGGGUUCCUGUAACCAGUAGCCUCAGUGCCAACAUUGCUGGGUUUUUGCCUAUCCACUGUAUUUAUCAGCUUCUCAGGAGUAGAUCCUUUACCAAGCACAAAGUGUCAAUAAAAGACUGGAUUUAUAGACAGCUGUGUGAAACCUCCAUUCCACUCCACCCUCAGUUACUUCCGCUUAUUGACGUGUACAUAAAUUCUGUUCUUACUCCUGCUUCUAAAUCAAAUCCAGAAGCCACAAACCAACCAAUCACAGAACAAGAGAUACUCAGUGUUUUUAAAGGACUCAUUGGGGCUGACAGCACUAGAAUUAUACAGCAUAACGGACAGUGUCACAGUAUCACGGCCCAGCUCCUGAUGUUGUACUACAUACUGUCUUAUGAAGAAGCCCUUCUUGCCAACACUAAGACUCUCGCUGCCAUGCAAAGAAAGCCUAAAUCUUACUCUUCUUCUUUGAUGGAUCAGAUUCCAAUCAAGUUCCUCAUACGGCAGGCUCAAGGACUACAGCAGGAAUUGGGAGGGUUACACUCUGCUUUGUUGCGUCUUCUUGCAACUAACUACCCACAUUUAUGUAUUGUGGAUGAUUGGAUUUGUGAAGAAGAAAUUACAGGGACAGAUGCCUUGCUACGGCGAAUGCUUUUGACCAACACUGCCAAAAACCACUCUCCUAAACAGCUUCAAGAAGCAUUUUCAGUGCUCCAAGUAAGUCACACACAAGUGAUGCAGAUUCUGGAACAUUUGACUCUGGUCUCUGCUAGUGAACUUAUACCAUAUGCAGAAGUUUUAACAUCAAAUAUGAACCAGCUGUUGAAUUUGGGAGUUCCACGAAGAAUUCUUCAAACAGUCAAUAAACUCUGGAUGGUUCUUAAUACUGUGAUGCCCAGAAGGCUAUGGGUCAUGACAGUUAAUGCACUGCAGCCAUCAGUGAAGUUGGUUAGACAGCAGAAGUACACACAGAAUGACCUGAUGAUUGAUCCUCUCAUUGUCCUAAGGUGUGAUCAGAGGGUUCAUAGAUGUCCCCCUCUGAUGGAUAUUACUCUGCACAUGUUGAAUGGGUAUCUUCUUGCUUCCAAAGCCUACCUUAGUUCUCACUUGAAGGAAACAGCAGAGCAGGAUAUUAGACCUGCCCCAAAUAAUACGCUAGGCUUAGUGGGACAGGCUGAUGCUCCAGAGGUUACCAGAGAAGAAUUAAAAAAUGCAUUGCUGGCUGCUCAGGACAGUGCUGCUGUCCAGAUUCUUUUAGAAAUUUGCCUUCCUACCGAAGAGGAGAAAACUAAGGGUAUUAUUCAGAGCGCUGUUGCUACUAACAAUAUGGGAGUAGAAGAAGAAGACAAUUUGCUUUGUAACCUUCGAGAAGUUCAGUGCCUUAUUUGCUGUUUAUUACACCAAAUGUACAUUGCUGAUCCCAACAUUGCUAAACUUGUUCAUUUUCAGGGUUAUCCAUGUGAACUUUUGCCACUGACAGUGGCAGGUAUUCCUUCUAUGCACAUCUGCCUGGAUUUCAUUCCUGAGCUAAUAGCUCAGCCAGAACUUGAAAAACAGGUAUUUGCUAUCCAGUUGCUUUCUUACUUAUGUAUCCAAUAUGCAUUACCAAAAUCAUUGAGUGUAGCUCGGUUAGCUAUCAAUGUCAUGGGAACAAUGCUGACAGUUUUAACUCAGACUAAGCGUUAUGCUUUUUUCAUGCCAACCCUGCCGAGUUUGGUGUCUUUUUGUCAAGCAUUUCCACCACUGUAUGAGGACAUUAUGUCUUUGUUGAUCCAGAUAGGACAAGUUUGUGCCUCUGAUGUUGCCACGCAGACGAGAGAUAUAGAUCCAAUCAUUACACGUCUUCAGCAGCUGAAAGAGAAACGAAGUGGAUGGUCUGGAAUAUGCAAAGAUCUAGCUUAUAAAAAUGGAGCCAGGGAUAUAGGAAGCAUGGACCCUGAUGUGCAGCUAUGCCAGUGUAUUGAAAGCACAAUAAUUGAAAUAAUAAACAUGAGUGUUAGUGGAGUUUAAAAAAGAAAUGAGUGAAAUUGAAGCUGUGCACAGCAUAAACCCACCAUGAUUCUGCAUUUGAUAACAACUGUUAUAUUGAAUGAAAACAGUAGUGUCUUGGAAUCCCAAAAAGAGACAACAUACAACUGAACUCAAACUUGACCUUGCUGACAAUUAUGCUUUAUUAUCUUGCCUAUUUUUGGAUGAAAGUAUAUGGAUCUAGUUUGCUGGUAUGUUUGUCUAGUAGCAGUUGUUAAUUGAGCUUCUUUCCAGUGAUUUCGGCAUCAUGUUUAGCUUCUGAAGUAAGAAAAGCAUAUACUAUGCUUUUAAUUUUCUUUGAAGUCUGUAAGUAGCCUUAAUGUUCAUUUUGGCUUUCAGCUUGGGACUGAGUGCUGCAGUGAUGACAGAGAAAGAAGAAUCAAAGGAAGGGAGAAUUCAGGGAAAAUCAGGGGUUAGAUACCCAAAUAGAAACCUCAAGGACUUGCAAUACAAAUAAUGCAAGAUGAAUUCUCAUUCUCAAGGAUUAGUGUUAAGAAGACUAAGAAAGGCAAAAAUGCUUUUCUAAAUGAUUUUCAUGGAAUUGCAGAUGAGGACUUCAAAAAUUCUACAUAUAUGCUUCAAUUAUUGCUAUUAUGUGAAGCCAUAUGUCAGAGGUACUUGAAUAAUUUGGAAUUUUAUGAUACUGGUUUAAAAGUGUUUACAGAAACACCUUUUUGCAAAGCAGAUCCUGAAAGGUCUAAGUUAGUUUUUAAAAAAUUUUUAUUUUUAUAAUGUUAAUUAACUUAUCUAAUGUUUAGAGGGGUAAAGUUCAAAGAUACCUAAUUAAACAAAAAUUACAGCAAUAAAACCCACUGAGUUAGAGAUCUCUUGGUUUGUCAUUGAGAAUUCUGCAUUUCAGGAAGUCUUUGGCAAAAAAACUUGUGUGUUUGUGCACAUGCGCACAUGUGUGCACAUAUGUGUGCAUGUACUCAUAAUUGUGAUCCUCAGGAAAAUUGGGUGGUGAGGAAUGUCAUCGUAGUAAGUCAUAUUAUAGUCCUAUGUGGGUAAUUUUCCUUUAAGUUAGAUAUUAUUAUGUGAAGUCAGGGCCCUUCAUCUUCAUUUUGUAUGCUGAAGAAGUCAGUGUCCAAACUAGAUAUAUUUUCCUGUGGUUUCUUUGGUGCACAUAGAUGAUAAAUUCUUGCACUCUGAACUGUGCUUGUACAUGAAAGUAAAUAGAGUGAAAAGAAAAUAUCACAUUGCAGUAAAGGAAUUUAAGUUUCCUCUUGGUGUAUAGUUGUAUUCCAUUUCUUUCCUUUGUAAAAUGGGAUUAUAUUGUCCUUACCUCUUUAGGAGAGUCAAAUAAGAAUUUUUUUUAGAUCCAUUAAGUGUACAAUAUCACAUUUCAUAAUAUAUUUAUAACUUUUCUUAUAUGUAACUUUUCGUUAACAAUCCUAGGGUAAAAUGAAACUUAAUAGCAUUGCAGGAAUUUUCAUAUUUUUAAUUAAACCAGUUUUAUAUUCCCAUAAAGAAACAACUGUUGCUGCUUUCUUUUAAAAACUUCAACCUUGGAAUAGUUUAGGUGCAUAGGCUGUCUUUUUCCUUGGAGUUCAGAAAAGGUUGAAGUAUAUUUUCUAACCAAAUGAACAAUACACAUUCCAGUCUAUUUUUUUUCAGAGACUACUAGUCAGAACUUGCUGUUACUAAUUUGUUGAUCUGUAAAUAAAAGGUGUAAAUACAUUAGAAAAUUUUAUUAUUCAUGUAUUUUAUGUUAAAGUAAAAUUUGUCACGAUGCAAUAUAAUAUUUUUGAUUUAAGGAAAAUGUGUGCAACUUUUGAAUAUUUGUUUAUA